AUGCCUGCGGCCACAACCGAAGCACCAGCCGUUGCGCUGUCUUUUGCCAACAACUUUUGGGGCAAAGAUGAUGCUGGCGUCCAACCUCUCUUGGAUCGUAUGGCGGCAGCCAAGCAAACAAAUGAUGAAUUGAAGUCAUUUUAUACCGCUCGCGCCUCGCUCGAAGACGAAUACUCUAAGAAACUUCUCAAUCUGAGCAAGAAAUCUCUGGGCUCCCAUGAAACUGGCAGCCUGAAAGCCUCGCUCGAUACUCUCCGUGGUGAGGUUGAGAGCAUGGGCAAACAGCAUCAAAGCAUCGCAGCCCAGAUGAAGACUGAGUUAGAAGAGCCGCUGUCUGCGUUUGCAGGUGGCAUGAAGGAACGCCGAAAGAUUGUCCAGAACGUCAUUGAAAAGAUCUUGAAGACAAAGAUUCAACAAACACAACAAGUUAACAAGACGCGAGACAAGUAUGAACAAGAAUGCCUGAAGAUCAAGGGUUAUCUCGCACAGGGCCAUAUGGUUAUGGGCCAAGAAGAGCGCCGCAAUAAAGCCAAGCUCGAGAAGACGCAGAUCAGUCUUGCUGCAUCCAAUACCGAAUAUGAAACCGCGAUCAAAGCCCUCGAAGAGACCACAGUUCGAUGGAACCGAGAAUGGAAGGCUGCGGCGGAUAAGUUCCAGGACUUGGAAGAGGAGCGCCUGGACUUCACGAAAAGCAGCCUGUGGACCUUUGCCAACAUUGCUUCUACUGUAUGUGUCAGUGAUGACUCCUCUUGCGAAAAGAUUCGUCUUUCGCUGGAGAACAUGGAAGUUGAGAAGGACAUUACCUCGUUCAUCUCAGAACAAGGGACUGGUCAAGAGAUUCCGGACGCCCCCAAAUACAUCAACUUUCGCCGGGGCGAUGUUGAUAGCCUGUCUGACGUCUCAGACGACGAUCACUACUCAGUUGCCCAGUUCCCUCGCAGUAUCAACCCUGCCUUCCGGUCCUCAUCGCCACAGCCAUCAACUUUCGAGUCCCAUCAUGAUCCCGCGUCCAAGCUGGCGAAUGAUCUUGCACAUCGGGAGAACCUAAUGCAUCCCGGAAGCAGAGAAACCACAGCCACACCUCAACGUGCUCGAAAUAGCCAGGGAAGACCGUCUUUUGACGAGCAUGAUAACCUGAUGCUUCCCGGAAGCAGAGAAGCCACAGCCACACCUCAACGUGGGCGACACAGCCAGGGAAGACCGUAUGUUGACGAACGUGACAACCCGAUGCACCUUGGAAGCAGAGAAACUAUAGCCACGCCUCAACGUGGGCGCCACAGCCAGGGAAGACCAUCUGUUGACGAACGAGACAGCUUGAUGCAACCCGGAAGCAGAGAGACUACGGUCACCCCGCAACGCGGAUCACUCGGCCAGGGGCGGCCAUCUAUUGAUGAGCAGUUCCGUAGAGCACCCCCCCAGAUGAGUGCCCAGCAAUACGAUAGCAAGCAGCAUGGGCCUUUGGCGGCUGUCCCCCAUGACCCUUAUCCCAUGGAUGGCAUGACGAUGCUGUGCCGUACCGGCCCACCUUCGGAUCUCAGCUCUCAGGUUACGUCUGCCAGGCCAUCUAGCAGAGAUUCGCACAGCGAGUAUUCCAACCCGAACUCGUUCUCCAGCGUCGAGCCCCCUAGCGGUAAGACAUCGCCUAUCAAGCAUGAGCCUGAGCCUGCUGCCAGCCCGGAAAAGCGAGUGUUCAAGAAGAAAAGCGGAUUUUUCCAGAACCACAGCCCCUUUCGCCGCAAGAGCACUAAAGAGGUCAAUCCCGAAACGAACCGCAACACCUGGCAUGCUAGCGCUACCUCUGGAAGCCCACGCAGACCGCCUCUGUACAACCAAGAGGAGCAGACCAGACAUUCUGCAGCAGCAAGGGCUUCGAGCCCUGAGCCCAUUGAUGUCAAUGCCAGCCUUGCACUCGGCGUUGGCCAGAAUAUCCUGCCAGUCUCAACCUCUGACACGCGACGCCGAGGUGGCCAUGCACCCGUAGCCAGCGUUGACGAGACCGAUCCAAUUGCUGCCGCACUUGCCGAACUGAAGGUUGGCGGCAGCAAAGCCGGCUCUGUCCGCAUGUCCGCUGACCGCUAUCACGGCAUUGCAACUCCGGCACCAGGCAUUCACGAUGGCGCAGCAGCUGCCCGUGGCACACCACCAGCAUAUAGCUCUCAGUCACAGGUCUCCCGGCUCGGAGUACCACCACCCGCCGUGACAUCCAAGGCAAUGAAGCAAGCUUCUAAGAAGGUUGCCAGUCAGACGCGAAGCAUAUUUGGUGAAGGCAGCAGAGACAGCGGCAUGUCGCCGAGCUCACGCCCCGGAACCCGUGGUGGUUAUGAUAUGCCACGAGCAGCAUCUCCUGCUCCUACGCGAAGUGUAUCGCCGCAGCCGAGAACAGGGCACGAUCCUCGCUUCCGCUCUGCAUCCCCCAACCCUCGUACACAGCACCAGCGGGGCGGCUCGCAGACGCACACUGACCCAUACAAUCACGCUUCUCCUCAUGGCUCAAUGAGAGGCUCCGUCAGAGGAUCUUCGCCCGCGUCUUAUGUGGACUACGGCGCCGCUCGUCCUCACAGCAGCUAUGGUGGCAGCGAUAUGGCAGUUCAAUUGGCCCCUGUGGGUGGGGACAUGUACGAUUCCAAGCGCGGUAGAGGAGGUGACUCUCACGCCAUGGGCUUGUAUGAAGGUGGCUCCCGCCCUCGUAGCAAGAGUGUUGUCGAUUCCUCUCGCCAAUACACGCCAGACGGCAGGGUUAUCCUUCAUUUUGUUAUCCCAGAGGAGCUUGGAUUUGCCAAGGGGGACAUCCUCGGUGUUCUUCGACACCAGGAUGAUGGUUGGUGGGAGGCGGAGGUACACGGCGGCAAUGGCCGCGUUGGGCUGGAAACACUGCGGGAUGCCGUUCAGACCCUAACGUCCAAGCCGAUGCAGCGGGUGGUCGUCAAUGCGAUCCUGCUCGCGUCGGGAAUAGGCACCCUGCUGGGCCUCGCCGCCAUCUCAUCGGCACUCUUCUUCCAAGCCUACCUGCCGCAUCAGAUCGUGACUGCGCCUGUGUACUUGCAAUAUGGAUCGAGCCCGAACCCGUACGGCAUAGCUCCAUUGGCGGCGUCGCGCAUGAAGGCCCUACAAGACUACGACGUAUCCGUUACAUUUACGAUGCCCCGAUCCCCGGCGAACCUAGACCGCGGCAACUUCAUGGUCAGCCUACACCUAAUUGACUCUCGCGACCAGAAUACUCUUGCAGCUCGCGCCGACGAGUUUGCGAGGAGCCAUGCCGGCUUUGGCCUGAACAAGGUGCUCUUCAGCUCUCGCCGGCCGGCGCUGGUGCCAUACGUGGACCCGCUGGUGUCCGUCACGUCUCGCGUACUGUUGAUGGCAUACCACUUGCUCUCGACGACCUCGCAGCGGUACGCGCUGACGGUGAUGCUAGCCGAACGCGUCUCGUUUGACAGAGAGUCACUGAAGCCAGCUGCCGCGUAUAUAGAGGUGGAAGCUGGACAGGAUAUACAAAUCUACAGCGCGCAAUUGACGCUCACGGCGCAGCUCCGCGGACUACGGUACCUGAUGGUAAACUACUAUGUGCUAACGUACAUCGCCUUCACCCUGCUGUUUUGGUUUUUCGAAGUAUUAUUCAUGAGCGCUGCCUGGUCGGCCUGGAACUCUUUUACUUCCAUGCCUGUUGAUGGGGACAAGCUGCGGCUAAGAGGAUCAGGGGAGGGAGACGCUACCGACUCAGGUGACGACCUCGACGCUGAAGAUGAAGAUGAGGCGGCCACAAGUCGUGUUGUUAAGCAUGAGAGUGCCUCGUUCUUCAAAAAAGAGUCUAUAAUGAAGGGGGAGGAAACACCAGAACGAUCCCUGGCCGAUAUCCCGCUUGCCGGAGGUGAAGCUGACGACGAGGGAGAUUCAGAGGCGGAGGACAGGCAGCGCGAGGCUGUGUCGGGAAUCGGCACGAGCUACAGUAAAGGGGGCGCCGAGACGGUUGCUCUUUGUGCACUCUCCAUUCGGCGCCUAGCUACCGUAGUUGGUCAUUGGCACAGCAUUGAGGAUGAGGCUGGUGGACCCCUCCCCACACCGCAUGAGGGCAUUCCAGAGGUUUCCUUCUGCACAGAUUCGCCAGCCAGCCCGUCCACCACCAACACAGUCCAGAUCGAGUCUGACUGGACGCUCGUGAAGCUUCCCGACUGGUGGCUCCCCACUGCUACCUGGUACACUAGGUAG